AGCUCUUCUUCCUAAAAAUCAUCCGCAUCGAACCAGACCCGACCAAACAAAACCAAACCCUCCUCCUCCCGUCCCCCUUUCUUCUACCCCUUUUCAAUCCAUUCCGAUUUUCACUGUUUCCAAUCCGAUUUCACUCCUCAAUUCUCGAUUCCAUUCCCGCACUUCCACUUCUUCUGCCUAUGGGGCAGCCAUCGUUGCCGCCUCCACCGAUUGCGCCGCCUCCACCGCCACCGCCGAUGCCCCAACGGGCUCAACUCGGCGUCUCGGACUCCGGAGGAUGCCGGGUUCGGUGCGCGGGCUGCAAGAUGGUGCUCACCGUGCUGCCUGGAAUGACCGAGUUCGUCUGCCCUGCGUGCCAACUGCCGCAGAUGCUACCCCCCGAGCUGAUGCGCUCUGUUUCGACUCAUCCGGCGCAGCCACCGCCGCAGAGGACUGGACCAGCCCACGGCAUUGAUCCUACUAAGAUCCAGCUGCCUUGCCUUAACUGCAAGGCCGUACUCAAUGUUCCCCAUGGAUUGCUGCGGUUUAAGUGCCCGCAGUGCAACUUCAUUGUUGAUCUCUCCCUACCUGGCCAGUUUAUGCCGCCCAUGGCCCCUCCACCGCCUCCCGAAGAAGUCAACGAGGUGGCCAUUGAAGUGGAGCGAGAAGAAGAUGAAGGUGGCUUGGCUGGAGAAACAUUUACUGAUUAUAGACCGCCGAAACUGUCAAUAGGUCCACCCCAUCCAGAUCCGGUUGUGGAGACAUCUUCUUUAUCUGCAGUACAACCUCCUGAACCUACUUAUGACCUCAAGAUUAAGGAUGAGCUGGAAAGUUCAAAUGCAUUAUCAUGCCUGCAGAUUGAAACAUUGGUCUAUGCAUGCCAGAGACAUCUUCAGCACCUUGCUGAUGGAGCCAGAGCUGGAUUUUUUCUUGGAGAUGGAGCUGGUGUUGGUAAAGGAAGGACAAUAGCUGGGUUAAUAUGGGAGAACUGGCAACAUGGGAGAAGAAAAGCAGUGUGGAUUUCUGUUGGUUCGGACUUGAAAUAUGAUGCUAGAAGGGAUUUGGAUGAUGUUGGUGCUACAUGUAUAGAAGUGCAUGCUCUAAACAAGCUUCCUUACUCUAAGCUUGAUUCAAAGUCAGUUGGUAUAAAGGAAGGAGUCAUUUUUUUGACAUAUAGCAGCCUAAUUGCAUCUUCUGAGAGAGGUCGUUCUCGAUUGCAGCAGCUUGUGCAAUGGUGUGGCCAAUUUGAUGGGCUUAUUGUGUUUGAUGAGUGUCACAAAGCAAAAAAUCUGGUCCCUGAAGCUGGAGGGCAACCAACAAAGACAGGUGAAGCUGUUCUUGAUAUUCAGGCCAGACUUCCAGAAGCUCGUGUAAUGUACUGCUCAGCAACUGGUGCCUCUGAACCACGCAAUAUGGGUUAUAUGGUUCGCCUUGGGCUUUGGGGACCUGGAACAUCUUUCUCCAACUUCCGAGAUUUUUUAGGUGAAAUGGAGAAAGGAGGUGUUGGAGCUUUGGAGCUUGUUGCCAUGGAUAUGAAAGCAAGGGGGAUGUAUGUUUGUCGAACAUUAAGCUACAAAGGUGCAGAAUUUGAAGUUGUUGAAGUUCCACUUGACUCCAAAAUGACGGAUAUGUAUGGAAAAGCUGCUGAAUUUUGGGCUCGGUUAAGAGUGGAAUUGCUAACAGCUAGUGCUUUUAUUGCCGAUGAAAAACCUAAUUCAAGUCAAGUGUGGCGAUUGUACUGGGCUAGUCAUCAGCGCUUCUUUAGACAUGUAUGCAUGUCAGCUAAAGUUCCUGCAGUGGUUAGACUUUCUGAGGAAGCAUUGGCUGAUGGCAAGUGUGUCGUCAUAGGCCUACAGAGUACUGGAGAGGCACGAACAGAGGAAGCUGUGACAAAAUAUGGUUCAGAACUUGAUGAUUUUAUCUCUGGGCCUCGAGAAUUAUUGUUGAAAUUUGUUGAGGAAAAUUAUCCCCUUCCAGAUAAACCACCAGAACCAAAUCCUGAAGAUAGUGUGAUAGAGCUUCCAAUAAAGAGACACUCUGCUGCACCCGAUGUUUCAUUUGCGGGGAGGGUAAGGAAAGCUGCCAAAUGGGAUGAAGAAAGUGAAGAAGAAAGCGAGUGGCAAUCUGAAACUGAUACUGAAUCUGAAAAUGAGUCGGACGAUGAGUUUCAGAUCUGCAGCGUUUGCAAUUCAGAAGAGGAAAGGAAGAAGUUGCUUCAGUGUUCUGUCUGUAGCCAGCUUGUUCAUCCUGCAUGCUUGAUUCCACCAGUUGUAGAGGUGGUAUCUGGGGAUUGGUCUUGUCACUCGUGCAAAGAGAAAACUGAGGAGUUUCUCCGAGCAAGACAAGCGUAUUAUGAGGAACUGUUGAAGAGAUAUGAUGGAGCUCUGAAGCGUAAAUUGGAAAUUCUUGAAGUCAUACGAUCAUUGGAUCUUCCUAACAAUCCCUUAGAUGAUAUUAUUGAUCAGCUUGGAGGCCCUGAAAAAGUAGCUGAAAUAACUGGGAGACGGGGCAUGCUUGUUAGGGCCUCUGGAGGAAAAGGGGUCACUUAUCAGGCACGAAACACGAAGGAUGUGACCAUGGAAAUGGUUAAUAUGCAUGAAAAGCAACUAUUCAUGGAAGCUAAAAAACUAGUAGCUAUUAUAUCUGAGGCUGGAUCUGCUGGUGUCUCUUUGCAAGCAGAUAGAAGGGCAAUGAAUCAGAAAAGAAGAGUCCAUAUAACUCUAGAACUGCCUUGGAGCGCAGACCGAGCAAUACAACAGUUUGGAAGAACUCAUCGAUCAAAUCAAGCUUCAGCACCUGAGUACAGGCUUCUUUUCACAAAUCUUGGUGGUGAACGUCGUUUUGCGUCCAUUGUGGCCAAAAGACUUGAAUCCCUUGGAGCAUUGACACAAGGAGACAGGAGGGCUGGACCAUCUCUCAGUGCAUAUAAUUAUGACAGUGUCUUUGGAAAGAGAGCCUUGGGAAUGUUGUAUCGAGGACUUAUGGAACAGGAACCUUUACCUGUUGACCCACCAGGAUGCUCAUCCCAAGAACCUGACUCAAUACAAGAUUUCAUUCUCAAAGGAAGAUCUGCCCUUGUAUCUGUUGGGAUAAUUAGAGAUUCUGGUGUUGGUAAUGGGAAGGAAUCUGGAAAGUUCUCUGGGCGAAUAGUUGAUUCAGACAUGCAUGAUAUUGGGCGUUUUCUGAACAGACUCUUAGGGCUCCCUCCAGAUAUCCAGAAUAGGUUGUUUGAGUUAUUUGUCAGUAUUCUUGACCUUCUUGUUCAAAAUGCACGGAAGGAAGGGCACGUGGAUUCUGGUAUUGUUGAUAUAAGAGCCAACAAAAUUGAGCUGCAGGGAACGCCAAAGACUGUUCAUGUUGACAGCAUGUCAGGAGCAUUAACUGUGCUGUUUACUUUUACACUGGAUCGAGGAAUGACGUGGGAGUCUGCUACAGCAUUACUUGAAGAUAAGCGACACGAUGAAUCUGUGUCAAGUAACAGUGGAUUCUAUGAAUCCAGGAGAGAAUGGAUGGGAAAACGGCAUUUUAUACUAGCACUUGAAAAUUCUGCAUCUGGGGCGUACAAAAUAAUUCGUCCAAACAUUGGGGAGUCCAUAAGGGAGAUGCCUUUAGCAGAAUUAAAAGACAAAUACAAAAAAUCUUCGAGUAUAGAGAAGGUUCGUGCUGGCUGGGAAGGUGAAUAUGAAAUUUCAUCCAAGCAGUGUAUGCAUGGUCAAAACUGUAAGCAGGGUAACUACUGCACCACAGGCAAGAGGCUACAAGAAGUUAAUGUUUUAGGUGGUCUCAUUCUUCCUGUUUGGGGAACGAUUGCUAAAGCUCUUUCCAAGCAGGCUCGCCAAAGCCAUAAACGAAUACGGGUGGUGUGUAUACAAACAACUGCAGAUAAUCAACGAAUUGUUGGGUUGCUCAUACCAAAUGCAGCAGUUGAAUCCGUACUUCAAGAUCUAUCCUGGGUUCAGGACAUUGACGAUGAGUGAGAUAAGCAAGAAUCCGGGGUAGGGGAGCAGGACCUUUUUUUGUCAUUUUCCUUGAUAAGGUUUCUGGAUCAUCCUUUUUACAUUAUGCUACAAAGGUACCAACUACAAUGAUUCACUUUUGAUUUGCAUUGACAAAGCCAGCUACAAGGAUUUGCAGCUAAUCGAUCAUCAUGGCAUCGCUACUCAGCUAUAUUUUAUCCCACUGAUGCCCCCACUCUCAGCUGCCGAUGUGUUUAUAUUCUAUAUAUUAGAAACCAUUAAUAUUAUUCAGGCCCCCUCUUUCACCCCCGGCGCAUAUUGGCAUUUUUUGUAUAUUGUGAUAGUCAUUACCAUUAGAAGAUUGUAACUGUCUUAUAUCCUCACCAAGAAGAAGAGGUAGCCAUUUCGAAAUACAGAACCAUUUUGUUACUCUA